ACGUUCUACGACUUGGCAGGUGGAGGUACCUUCGCCCUGUUGUCCCUGCUGAGUCUGAGGUGGGGCGGGCGAUACUACCAGCGUCAGAAGAUCCAGACAGGCAUGGUCUGCACCUGGGCUCUCAGACUCUCCCUGUUUUUGUUCCACCGGGUGCUGAAGGCAGGCAGCGACAGCAGGUUCAAACAUGCCAGGAAGGACCCCAAGAUGUUCCUGCUAUACUGGACCAUACAAGGCCUGUGGGUAUUUGCCACCCUCCUCCCCACCCUCCUGCUAAAUGAAGAAAAGAAUAACCCUGCCCUGGGGGAGAGAGACUAUGCUGGGUGGGGGCUGUGGGCACUCGGCAUGCUGGUGGAAAUCAUCGCUGAUUACCAAAAAUCUGCAUUCAAGAACAACCCAGCCAAUAAGGAUAAGUUUAUCCAGAGUGGCCUGUGGUCUCUGAGCCGCCAUCCCAACUACCUGGGAGAGAUUCUCCUCCAAACAGGUCUCUACAUCUCUGCGUCGUCCGUGUUCCGUGGUUACCAGCACCUGAGCGCGGUGUCCCCCGUGUUUGUGUUCCUUCUCCUGACGCGUCUGAGCGGGAUCCCCAUACUGGAACGCCAGGGCAUGAAACGCUGGGGACAGAAUCCAGCUUACCUAGCCUACAGGCGCAACACUGCAGUUCUUAUCCCAUAUAUCUGGUAGUGUUAAGGAA